GACGUGAUAGUACAUUCAGGUACGAAUAUCUGGUGAGAGGUUAGGUUUUGGGUUUUGUUGUAAGAUAGUAACGAAUUCCAACAAUAUACGUACGAAUCAUGAAAUAAAAAAUUGUGAUAUAACUAAAAUUGAAAUCUGUAAUAACAAUGGAUCCUGCUUUACUCAGAGAGCGAGAGCUCUUCAAGAAACGUGCUCUGACCACACCAAUAGUUGACAAAAGGAAGCAGGAGAAAGAAGCUACGAAAGAUGAACCACCAAAGAAGAAACCUAAACCAUCAUCGGUAUCUACAGGACCGAAAUUGGACAUGGUUAACUAUAAAACCAUGGCUGGUAGCACACAAUACAAAUUUGGCGUGUUAGCAAAGAUAGUAAAACACAUGAAAGCAAGGCAUCAAGAAGGAGAUGAUCAUCCAUUGACAUUAGAAGAAAUUUUAGAUGAAACAAAUCAAUUAGAUGUUGGAUCAAAAGUCAAACAAUGGUUACAAACUGAAGCUUUAAUACAAAAUCCUAAGAUUGAAGUAACAGAUGGCAGAUUUGUCUUUAAACCUAUGUAUAAAAUUAAAGAUAAAAAGUCUUUAUUGAGACUUCUAAAACAACAUGACUUAAAAGGUCUCGGUGGUAUAUUAUUAGAAGAUAUACAGGAGAGUUUACCGCAUUGUGAUAAACACUUAAAGAAUUUACAAAACGAGAUAUUGUACAUUACACGACCUCUUGAUAAGAAAAAAAUUAUCUUUUAUAAUGAUAAGACAGCCCAAUUCCCCAUUGACGAAGAAUUCCAAAAAUUAUGGCGAGCUGUUGCAGUAGAUGCUAUGGAUGAUCAAAAAAUAGAUGAAUAUCUUGAGAAACAAGGAAUUAGAUCAAUGCAAGAUCAUGGAUUGAAAAAGCCAGCACCAAUCAAACGAAAGAAACCCGUUAAUAGAAGGAAACAAUUUAAGAAACCAAGAGAUAAUGAACAUUUAGCAGAUGUUUUGGAGACAUACGAUGAUUAAAUAAGAAUGUUAUGAUCCUGUCAUAUCAAGUAAACUUGUUCACAUAAUUAUAGAAUAAUUCAAUGUAAAUAGGAAUAUUACUAAAUUUAUUUUGUAAAUAAUUAUUUCGAUUAAAUAAUUACAAACGUAAAAGCAUUUUUAGGUACAUUUAUCUUCUUUUUAUUUUUGUCUUUAGCAAUUACUACAACGUUAAUUAUAUUCCAAACGUUUAUUUGCAAUUAAAAUAAAUAAAUAAAAUUUAUAUUAUUUAACAAUAUUGGCUAUAAUUUAUUUUAGGCAUUUAUUUUAGGCAUAUUUAAUAAAUAAGUAAAGCAUUUCUUGUCAUAUCUCAUUGUAAAUACAAAAUAAAUAUAGAAUUAUUAUAUACAA